AUGGUAUUUGACAUUUCUCUGUUUUCCAACGCCGCGCUGGUGACAUUUGGCGUUCAGACGUUAGGCUUUCUCGCUGCUUAUGCUCUUCAAACAGAAGUCUUUUAUGAUAUCUUUGGAGGCAUCAACUUCAUCCUCUUGGCAGUGUUGGGUCACUUGGGGCGCAAAGAACCUGCUUCGGCUCGGCAUAUAAGCUGUACCUGCCUUUUCAUUGCCAGUCGAGGAUGGCUACUCCUGUUCUUGGCAUGGCGAGCCCAUCAUCGAAAAGGGGAUUCUCGUUUUGAUGGAGUCAAGGAUAAAUUCGGUCUCUUCUUUGUGUUUUGGAUGGUUCAAGGUUGCUGGGUCUUUUUGAUUUCCUGGCCAUUGAUAGUGGUGCAGUCCUUGGAUUCUGCAAACGUAUUGGAACAGAACUUGACAACUUUAGACAUUGUCAUGCUGCUGGGAAUGUCCACUGGAAUCUCAUUGGAAAUUCUUGCAGAUAUCCAAAAGGCUCGUUGGGUCAGCCAAGGCCGUCAGGGAACCUUUUGUGCAGUCGGGGUCUGGAAACUGUCACGCCAUCCCAACUAUUUUGGAGAGAUCUUCCAGUGGUGGUGUGCCUGGUUGUUGUCGUAUGGAUCGCUAUCAGCAACGACGGACCCCAGCAAUAAGGCAGUUGCAUUCUGGGUGGCUGGGAUUGUAUCGCCUCUCUUUACAAUGACAAUACUGCUCAGCAUGAGCGGUACCGGAAUUUGGGCUGCAGAAGGCAAGAACUUGAAACGAUACUACGAAUCAGAACACAGCGAAGCCUACAAAGAGUACAGAGAGUCCACAUCUCCUCUUGUCCCCAUGGUCGGAUACAAGGCUAUCCCCCUGUGGACCAAACGGAAAUUCCUUUUUGAAUGGGAGCGAUUUGAAUACAGACCAACCAAGAAGGAGUAG